UAACAAUUGAUUGCUAAAGAAGUUGACAGCGCGAAAGACAAUAUUAAUUGUACAAUUUAAAUGUAGUUCGAAAAGAACGUUUAAAAAGGCAAAUACUUAAUAACUUUAGGGGAAAAUCGAUUUAUCGCAUGAACUUGGCAUUUAUUUGUUGAUAGUGUGUAAAACUUUAGAAAGACCCACAACGAAAAAAUAAAAAAAACGCGCGCACGCAGCGUUUGCCUAUUGAAUUAAACAUUAAUAAAACAAUCCUUUGAAUGAGAUGCCCAGUAAGCGAUGAAGAAUAUUGAAUAUUGACAUUAGUUCAUGCAGGUGUACAUAUUAUUUGUGUGUGCUUUGUGCCCAAAAGCAGGAAUAGUGUAUUUUUAAACAAGACUCGGGGGGCGCUGAUACAUAGCUCACGCGCACAGGACACCAGUCCUAACAUAAAAUUCUCGUUUUCACGCUAUAUAUGUAACGCAAAAGCGCCUAAUAGUUGCAAAAGUUUCAAUUCCUUGGCAAACAGAAGGAGCAGAAACCAUUAAAGAAACCAUUUCCAAUUGUGCAAAUCGGUGAAUACGUAUAAAUCAUUUGUACAAACGGAUGUAUGUGUAUGUAUAUAUGUAAAGGCAAGUGAUAUAACGGGACAAGAUCUUGAUGCCCGCUAUUUUCAAUGAGAGAUAAUAAAAGUGGUGUAGUGUUGUGAAUAAAACUGUAUAAACUAUUUUGACUACGAUGAGCGGCGUUACCCAAGAAUUUUGUGUACGCUGGAACAGCCAUUUGGGAAGCAUUGGAGCGGCAUUUCCCCAGCUUCUAGCUGGUCAGAGAUUCGUGGACGUAACAUUGGCCUGUGAAGGUCAACAGUUGCAUUGCCAUCGCUUGGUUUUGGCCGCUUGCUCCACAUAUUUUGAGGCGAUACUGGCGGAGCAUCCGUGCAAGCAUCCUGUCAUUAUAUUACCCAGGGAAAUAAAACUAUGGGAGAUUCAGGCACUUGUGGAUUUCAUGUACAAGGGAGAGGUGAAUGUCACGCAAGCCGGUCUUGGUCAGCUGCUUCGUUGUGCCGAACAGCUACAGAUUCGCGGUCUUUACGGUUCCGAGGCGACGAUAAACUACAAAAAGCUCCAUCAGGCGAGCCUGGAAAACGCCAAGGAUUCCGUUGCGACCCCAAAAAGUAUUAGGCAUUUGGACAGUGCUGAAACAGACGACGCGGCCACCAACUCAACCACCUCAACGAUAACCACCUCCGCACCACCGUUGCCAGUUAAUCAGCAACAACAAGCGACAGUAUUGAAGCGCCAGAAUCAGGAUGUACGCCAGCGGCCACAGAUAAAUGGCAGUAAUGCUCAGCAGCCAGCGAAGGCCUCAUCCGCGGUGGUUUUGGGCAGCCACUCGAAUGCACCGACCGAAGAGGAUUCCGGGGACGAGACCUCCAACAAUUGGAACGCCUACGGGGACAGUUUUGAGGAUUGCAACACCUCAACGCCAAUUGGGGGCAACAAAAUGAGUGCCAGCCAGCUCUCCCUUCAGCAGACGAGACUACAAAUGCAGCUGCAGCAGCACUAUUUGGACUCCAAUGUUGAGGAUGACCACAACUAUGUAGCCGCUCAUGAUGAGAACAAUGACGGCAGCUUUAGCGCAGGCGUACCCUGCGGAUCCGGUCUCUUGGGCGGCAUGGAUACUGAUCUCGACACAUCUGCUAACACUUCCGCUGGACUGACGCAUAACUCCAUCGAUGGAUACACUUCGUACAAACGCGUUCGACGUUCAGAAGCAUCUCUAGCACAAGCGGCCAAAUGUGUUUCGAAGGGCGAGACAUUCCAAACUGUCAGCAAUAUGUUCAAUAUUCCUGUCUCAACCAUUCGUUUUUACAUGGCGCGGAAGGGGAUUCUUCCGAAACGGAAACGUGGACGCGGUGCUUCCCAUGCCGGAAACAUAAUAAUCACAACAAACUCAGGAAAACUUUCAACCGUCCCUGCGAACAUAACCCAUCCCCAAUCCCAGCAGAUGUCCUUGGACAGCCUGCAGCUAAAGACGGGCAUCACGAGUACCAGCGGUAGUAAUAGUCCUGCGACUGCUACGGCCACGUCAAUGUCACCAUCCUUUGAUAUGGCCCCAUCGGCUGAUAUCGUGCCUUUUCACCUUCACAGUGAUGCGGCGACAUUUAAACUAAACGAGCAAAAAAUGCACAUGAUCUGAUCGAACCACGCAGUUUGCUAAGCUGUACUGUACUUCUUUAUAGGGCAUAGGGAUGGAUUUCCAGGCAGUUAAUAGGUUCGGAAGCUGCUUUCUUUUUUAAUUUGGGGAUAAGCGCAUCCCGCUCGUGUGGGAUCUUUAGUCAUAACAUAGUCAACAAAAUAUGUAUAACUUUUUUCAUCGAUUUUUUCGAUUAGUUCUAACUUAUAGUUUUAUCCUUGGUUAAUUAUACUUACUGUUAAAAACAUAAUUCAUCCUCAAAAUAUUUCGGAAAUUAUUACAGUAGAAGUGUAUUCUUACAAGGACUAUGACUAAAACUUGCGUAAAAAUUAAACAUCUGUUUUUGUCGCCCCAGUACUCUAAGAAAUUACUGUAUUGUUAAUAAGAUAAAUAAAAUCAACCUGGAAACUUUUA